UGUACAACACUGAACACUCCUUAGUCUUUGUGCACAACUUAGUUGCCUGUGCAAGAACAUUGAUUUUCUCGAAGAUGUCAUUUGUCAACAAAGUGACGAUGCUAUGGGCUCGUCCCGGCGCAGAUACAGCUCAAAAAGAUGAUGUGCCUUGGACGCUAAGAUACGCUGGUCGAGGUUUAGGAACAGUUGGCAGUUUUGUUGCAAUCCUGCUGGGAUUACUAAACUGUCUCGGUAUAAUAACACUGAAUGUGAGCUGUCUAAUUGCUGGCAUAUGGCAGAUGCUGGCCGGAUUCAUAGUGAUUGUCUGUGAAGCACCAUGCUGCUGCUUCUUUAUAGACUAUGUCCAGACACUCUCCGAUAAAAUGGAGAGCAGGCCUUAUUGGAACAAGGCUGCUGUUUAUAUGGGACUAGCGCUGCCACCAUUUUUCCUUUGCUUCUUGAGUCUGAGCACAUGGUUUGGGAGUGGACUGAUAUUCGCCACUGGAAUUGUGUACGGCAUGAUGGCACUUGGUAAAAAAGCUUCAAUGGAGGACAUGAGAACGUCGGCCGCGACGUUAGAAGCGGGCGGGGUCCCGCCGACGACGGCGCCGCGAGCCAACCUCGUCACAAACGAACAACCCUUCAGUUUUACCGGACCUCCUGUUAAGAAUUGAUUUUAAUAUAUCAUUGAAUAGUUGCUUUUCUAAGAUCUUGUUUUAUACUUAACCUCUUUUAUAUCCAAGAAAUAGCUGACACACUCCUUGAAAUGCUUUGUAACCGUUAUUAUAAAACUUAGUAAAACUUUUUUAAAUGGUUAAUUAUGUCAUUUCUCCAUUUGUAAUAGAAAAGUUUUAACCGUGUGUGAAAUUAUAUUUUUUUUUUAAUUAGACACACAUCUAGGUUCUGACUUUAAUUUGGAAUUGUCUUAUUUAAAUAUUGCUUGAUAGGUAAAUAUAUAUAUUGAAAGAUUUUUCUAGAACUGCUGUUAUUUAUAUUUAAGAUAUUGUCAAAGUUUCCACAAUAAUGUUGAUAUUGUUGUACUUUUUAAUGCUGAAUAUUUUUAAAUAUUUAAUUACCUAAUAGUGUUGUAUAUUCUCAUCAACUACAUGACGACUCUUUAAAAUAAUCAAAAUAUAGUGUUUCGUUUUAAAUAACAGCCAAUGAAAUAUUUCAAGCGUUUAUUGCCUAGUAAUUUAUCAAAUUUUAGAUUAAUGUGGUAUGUUAUUAAAUAUUACAUAGAACCGUAUAUUACUGAUGUUGUAGAAGGAAUAAAUUGGUGUUUAACCGAUCAAUGCUCAUACAAAAAAGAUAAUAAUGUAACAUGAUCUCUCUGAUCUUUCCAUUCUAUGUAAUUUUAUUAUAUAUUGUCGAGUAUACACGGGCAGCGGAGCACAUUUUGGACGAUGACUUUAGGCUUGGACAGGGUGCAACAUUGAGAGUGUUAUUAAAUUACACCGUAUUUCUCAAUCAGAACUGGACACUCAUGUAGGAGUAUUAUAAUUGGCAACGUCAAAUGUGUCCUAAGUUCAAUGUCCAAUAAUUUGUUAUCUGCAUGGUUAGUUUAAAGAUUUCAUUUAUCUAUGGUUUAUAGAAUAUCAUUGCGUUUGAAAUGUACUGGUCAUAUAUUGUGGCUAUUUAGAUUAGAUAGAUGAAUUAUUGUUGAUUGUAGUUUAAUGUUUCCAAAUAAAUUUAGGUGAUAUUUAUUUUGUGAUAAUAUAUUUAGUAGAUAUCACACAGUUAUAAAUGGAAUUUGUAGUCCAGUUAUAGACACUUAGAACUUAUUGAUUUUUUUUAGUAAAUAAAAGUAUGUUUACAAUAUUGUUAAUCAUUAGUUAGCUAAUUGUCUGAUAACUGUCUUUGUUAAAUAAAUGAUUAUAUAAUGGGCCUGCUUUGACAGUUCUAGAAGACAUUCUAUAUAUAUCUGUGUAUAAAAUUUGCCAAAAAUUGUUAACUGGCAGCUUCAAAUAGUGUUUAUAUACAAAAUAUGAAAUCAUAUGUGUUUGUGUGAAAUAAAUACACUUGUCAAUUUAUCAGUGUCAAAGUAGCAGGACACAAUAAACCAAUGGCCAUUUUCAAUAACCUAUCUAUCCUUAGUUUAACUUACUAGAGGUAGACAAAUCUAUCCUUUUACGCUUACUUACAUUUCAAUAACCUAUCGACAUACAGCAUUGGACUAUAACUAUAUUGGACAUAACUAUGGAUAGAUAAGAUCUUGUCACUAAACAGUGACAGCAAUGUAUCCAUAACAAGAGAUAUGUUAUUGAAAAUGGCCGUAUAUGAACAUAUUAUGCGAAACACUUGUUUUGUUGUGUUUGUUAUUAAAUCAAAAAAAUGCAAUAUUAUUUGAGAACGAAUUAAUUUUCUUGUUAGUAUUAUCAUUAUGUUAUGAACGAAUUAUUGUGUGACAUUAUUAAGUUUAUUUUUUUAAAUCUGCUUUACACAUUCUUCAUUUGUACCAACACGAAUUCAUUGUGAAUAAAGCCGAUUUAAAUAAAUGAUUAAUUGUGAUUAUUAUAUAAUGACAUUGUAUGCAUUCCAAAUUGUACUGAGUUGGGUCUUAUUUUUGAUAUUUGUAAUUUAAUUCAAAACUCACAAGACUUCUCACUAAAUUGAUAUCAUGUACAUCCUUUGAAGUAGGUGUUUCAUUUUAUGUUUGCACAUGAUGUUGAUUUGUACUUUAUUUUAAGUUUGAACUAAAUUGUACUGUUAAUAUUCAAAAUGUAUUUGUUAAAAGUUAUUGUGUGAAAAAUUGAAGACCCUAGUCUGUAGGUUAAAUAUAAUUCUAUAUAGAGUUAGGUAAUUUGCUCACAAAGCUGAUAAGUAUUAAUUAUUAGCCUGAGUGUUUUCUGUUCCGUGUUUGAAAUUAUCAUUUAUUGUGCUUCCUUCGUUUAAUAUCUAUUUUAUAUAAAUUAUUUUUCAUUCUAUUACUGAAUUGUACAUAAUUUAAUUAGUAUAUAAUAAUAUCACCUAGUUUUAGAUAGCUUUAGGGACUUCAUAUCUUCAGGGUCUUAUUAAAGAUAUAAAAUGCAAACAAAAUUCCUUGUAUUUCAUUUUUUGACAGUAUGUUUGGUGACCAUAUGAUUUAAUAUUAUGAAAGGUAAAGAUGAUAAUCAUUUUGUAUGUAGUAAAUAUACCAUGGCUCUAUCUGAAUGAAACUAUUAUAAAUUUAUAUGUUGUAUAUACUGAAUAUAAAUUAAGUCUCGUUGUUGUAUGAUUACAAUUGUUUAUCAAUACAAAUAUACUGAUAUGUUUUGUAUAAUUAAUAAUGUCACAUUCAUUUGAUUAUCAAAAGAAACUAAAGAACAAACUCGCAGCAGCUCAAGAGUGUCAUCGCCUGUGUGUCCCUUCUGAUAUAAAAAAUUGUGAUCAUAGACAUCUUGAAUUUUUUGUAAAUUCAUAUUGAUUUUUAUGGAAAAUAUUUACAUUUUGUAUGUUUUAUAUCUUUAAGUGCAGAUCUCAGUGAAUAAUAGAAAUAUAUAUUUUAUGGAUUAAAUAGUGUGGAUGGCAAUUUAAUAUUAUCAUUGUUACUUUACUUCAGCACUGAAUGUUUUUAUUGACUAUUAUAAUAAUAAAAAAGCAGUUGAUGUCCCCCAUAAAGUACAAUAAUUGCAGAUCAUGGGUAAAAUAUCGAACUGAGGCUCUCAUGGGUUAUUUAUGGAAUUCCACUUGCUUUUACCUAUGUAAAAUAAGUUCUUAUUUUAAAUUUUGAGAUGGCUAACCUUAAAAUAUUUACAAGUAACCAAAUAUAAAGUAAUAUAAUAAAAAGUAUUAACUCCAUACAUUAAAAAUAUUGUUUAUUUUCAUCUUCUUUCACAAUACUAUGUUGGGUUUGAGCAUAAAAAAGUUUUAAAUCACUUGUACAAAAUGAUAGGUUAUUCCUCCCUGUUGUGCUACAUAAAAUAGAGAUUGUUUGUUUGUUCACCAAAUUUUUGGAUGAAACAUUGAAUGAUAUAAGAAUUAUUUAACAUAUCUAUAGAUUCAAAUCCAAGUUUUAUUUGAAGUAGAGAAGCUAUUGUAUGUAUGUAUUUAGUGUUGUUUGCAUGAUGUUCUAAAUAGUUGUAGGAUGUAUUUAAAAGCAUUGUUCUUGUCAUAGUUAUGUUAUUGUUAAGAUGACAUAUUGGUAAUAAAUGUGUGAUUAUUGCAAUUUUG